AUGAAGUUGAAGCGUAGGAGGGCACUUGAAGUGAUUUACACUCCAUUAUCCCAUUUUCUCCUCCUACAAAAUCCUCUACUCCUCAUAGUUCGAUAUGGCCUCCGCGAUUCAACCUGGUCCGUCCUUGCCGCCAGUCCGCCACGCAGCCCCCCGCCACUCCGCCCAUCACCCACCGCCAAUAGCCAAGUACUAGUCCAAAGUGAGGUCCCAGAUAAAAGCUAUGGAGAAGAUAAUAACCGAUAUUACUUUUUUCGCUGUAAAUUCAAUCACUCGUUUUUCAUUGGGAAAAAAGGGGGAUCAUCUUGGCUGACGGCAGUAAAAAGAGCAUUCAGAACUCCUGUUAAAGACAGUGAAAAGAGGAACAACAGAAACCGAAAUGAACAAGAAGAGAUCGAAGCAAAGAAGAGGGAAAAACGUUGGUGGCUUUUCCGGAAGCAAAAUCACCAGGGGAUUAAUGCAACGCCACCUAAAUGGAGCAAUGCUGCCGGUGCUGCACCUGCAGUGACCAGUUAUUUGGAAGUUGCUGCUAUUCAUGAUGAAAGGCAUGUCAUUGCUAUGGCAAUGGCAACCCCAGCAGCUGCUGAUGCUGCAGUUGUCACAGCCCAAGCAGUAUCUGAAGUUGCAAGGUUUUCGAGGCCUCGCACAAAUUACGCAAAGCAGCGUUGUGCUGCCAUUGUCAUUCAAACAGCUUUCAGAGGAUAUCUGAUAUGUAGAGGCGGUAGGGAUUCAUCAUUAGGCAACGAAAAUGAGCUUGGUGAAAAACACCAGUCGCUAGAGAGAUGGAUGGCAGCAAAGCCAUGGGCUAGCAGAGGAAGAGCCUCAACAGAUCAAAGGGACUAUGUUAAAACCGUUGAAAUUGACGACACUCCACAACUAUACUCAUAUUUAGCUCCCAAUUUCCGAAUGUCGAGUGCUCAACAUCAACAAAGACCGAGUUUCUCUCUUCAUAGAGCAGGAGUAACCCACCAAAAUCAACUUCUGUAUUCCCCUGUUAAACCUUCAACAUCUAAAACAAGACCUAAAGUCUGCUCUGCAAGUCCUCAUUGUGCAAGAGAAGAAAGAAGCUAUUACAUGGCUCAAACUACAAGCAUAAGGGAUCCAGUCAUAGAGAACACCAAGACAGAGGCCAUCAACACCAGUGAGGGAAAGAAUGGGAGCAAAGAAGCGCUUAUCAAGAAACGGCAAGAACAUGCUAGCCAAAUUAGGGACACAACAGUGGAUGGGAAAGAGCUUCACUCUUUGAGACAGUUCUCACUGAGCCCCAACGAAAAGAAAAUUUGGAUCAUACCUGUGGACGGAAGGCUCAAAUUGUAG